AUGGACAGUUAUUUUAAAGCAGCAGUCAGUGACUUGGACAAACUCCUUGAUGAUUUUGAACAGAAUCCAGAUGAACAAGAUUAUCUCCAGGAUGCACAAAAUGCAUAUGAUUCUAACCGCUGUUCAGUUUCUUCAGAGUUGGCUUCCUCACAGUUAACUUCACUGUUACCAAAGGAUCAACAAUGCAUUAAUUGUGGUGUCUCAUCAGAAACAUGCUAUGAAACAAAUCAGAUUUCACCGAAUGAAAAAACAGAUGAGGGACUAACAUCUAUACAAAAUGAGAAAAACGUAACAGGACUUGAUCUCCUUUCCUCUGUGGAUGGUGGCACUUCAGAUGAAAUCCAGCCUUUAUAUAUGGGACGAUGUAGUAAACCCGUCUGUGAUCUGAUAAGUGACACGGGUAACUUAGUUCAUGUAACUAAUAAUGAAGAAUACAUUAAAAAAUUAUUGCCAGAUGAUUUUAAGUCCAGUGCAGAUUCUUUGAUUGGAUUGGGUUUAUCUUCAGUGUCAGAAACUCAAUAUGUUUCAUCCACAGACCAUGGUAACAGUGCUGUUGGAGAAGAACAAAAUUAUGUCAACUCUGAAUUACAAAAUAGAGAAAUCAGUGGCACUAAUGAAUUGCAUAUAAACACAGAUACAACUCUUUCAGAUUCAUGUAAUUAUAGUGGAAAAGAAAAUUUAAAGGAUAUAAAGAUCUCUAAUCAUUUAGAACCAGUUGAUGAUUUGAACAUGCCAUAUGCCUUGAUUCAACAAAGUUCCAAAAUGUCUGACGCCAAAGACAACCUACAACACAAGAACCAGCCAUGUGAGUCAGUAAAAGAGGAUGGCUGUGUGGUAAGAGAGGAGGUACCUGUGGCGGUCAUCGCUGCCACAGAAUGUUUAAAAGAAAGAGGCAGCCCAAAAGCUUUGCCUUGCAGUCUUCCAAAAAAUGAAAGUUUAUCCUUAAAUAAUUCACAUUUAAGAGAUGAAAAUUUCAAAUUACCUGACUUCUUUCAAGAAGAUAGGACUGCUAUAUUUAUAAAACAAUCUGCAAAAGAAGACUCAAAUUUAGAUCUUAAAGAUAAUACAGAUGUAAUCCAAGAUUCUUCAGCUUUACAUGUUUCAAGUGAAGAUAUAUAUUCCUCAUUGUCCUCUCUUCCAGUACCUGGGUCUUUGUGUGGAUCAUUGAUUGAAAGUAAAACACAUGGUGAUUGUUUACAUCAGGAUGAGCAUAAAGAUAAUACACAAGAACCAGUAGCUGUGCAUGAAGAAAUAGAGAAGAGUGUUAUUCUGGAUGGGGAAACAUUGAAGGAGACUGAUCUUUUGAAACAAGAAAAAUGUAAAAACAUACUUCCUCAACCAUUAAUUGAAAAGAUAGGAGAUGAAGAGGAAGAUCCUGACCAGAAGGAAAUCAGAAUUGACUCUUUGGAUUACUCUAAUAACACCAAUUCUUCUACAGCAGAAUCUCAAAUGGAGCUUUUGGGUGCAAAUGCCCCAGAGUCUUCCAAUCACUGUGAAGGUCUCACUUUUUUAAGCAAUGAUAUUGAUGGACAGGACUUAGGUUACUUUAAUAUUGAUGAAGGCAUAAAAAGUGGCACACUAGUUAGUGAUGCUGAACUUGAUGCCUUUCUAACUGAACAGUAUCUUCAGACAAGUAACAUAAAGUCGUUUGAAGAAACUGUAAAUGACUCAAAAUCUCAAAUGAAUGAGAUAGAUUUGAAAAGCCCAGAUGAUGGAAAUGUCAGUAAUAUGUACUUCAAUGCUGAAGCAGGAGCUACUGGGGAAAGUCCUGGUGAAACAGUUGAUGAACAAAAUACAACAGAAAUUAGUAGCCUUUCUUUAGGGGAAAAAAGUACAAUUCCAAUUGAACAAGCAUUAGUUAGCAGUAAAUCUGAAAUUACUAGUGAAUUGUCAGUCUCUGAUUUUAACAGUCAAUCUGUUUAUGUUGGCGGGGCCAGACCUAAGCAAUUUAGCAUUUCAUCAAGAACAAGGAGUUCUAAAGAACCAAAUAAGACAGGUGUUCCAACUGUGCCUGAAAGUGAACCCAGCAUAACCAUUGCUCCAACAACUUGCACUACAAAUUCUAUAACUGAUCCUCAGGCUAGUUUUAACUCUAAUUACAUUGAUAUAGAAGGUAAUUUUGAAAGUGGAUCCAGUCUUGUAACUGCAAAUGAAGAAUCUCUACCUGUAAACACUUGCAAAGAAGGCUUGGUUUUGGGCCAGAAACAGCCGACUUGGGUUCCUGAUUCAGAAGCUCCAAACUGUAUGAACUGCCAAGUCAAAUUUACCUUCACAAAACGGCGACACCAUUGCCGGGCAUGUGGGAAGGUAUUUUGUGGUGUUUGUUGUAAUAGGAAGUGUAAACUGCAGUAUCUAGAAAAGGAAGCAAGAGUCUGUGUGGUCUGCUAUGAAACCAUUAGCAAAGCUCAGGCAUUUGAAAGGAUGAUGAGCCCAACUGGUUCUAAUCUUAAAUCUAAUCAUUCUGAUGAAUGUGCCACCAUCCAGCCUCUGCAGGAGACCCAGACAUCAAGUGUACCUUCUUCACCUACAACCUUACCAAUCUCAGCCCUUAAACAUCCAAGUGUUGAAGGAUUAUGUUCCAAAGAACAGAAGAGAGUAUGGUUUGCAGAUGGUAUAUUGCCCAAUGGUGAAGUUGCAGAUACAGCGAAAUUAUCAUCUGGAAGUAAAAGAUGUUCUGAAGACUUAAGUCCUCUCUUACCAGACCUGCCCUUGACCCUAAACACAGUGGAUCACGCCUAUUCUGCUACAUUGGAAAAACCAAACAAUGAAAUAGGAGAUAUUACAAGAAAUGAGAUAAUUCAGAGUCCUAUUUCUGAGGUUUCAUCUGUGGAAAAACUGCCCAUAAGCACAGGAACUGAGGGGUUACCUACUUCUGGAUCUUUUACACUAGAUGAUGAUGUUUUUGCAGGAACUGAAGAACCAUCUAGUCCAACAGCUGGUGUUUUAGUGAACAGCAAUUUACCUGUUACUAAUACUUCAGAUUAUAGGUUACUAUGUGGUAUUGACAAGAUGGUGGGCAAUAAGAUUAGUCUUCUACCUAGUGAUGAGGACAGCUUGCCGCCUCUUCUGGUUACAUCUGAAGAAAAGGAAUUAGUGCCUGUAGUGGAAGAACACCCAUCUCAUGAGCAGAUCAUUUUGCUUCUUGAAGACAAAGCUUUUCACCCUGUUACGUUUGUCCUAAAUGCUAAUCUACUUGUGAAUGUCAAGUUAGUAUUUUAUUCCUCAGACAAAUAUUGGUACUUCUCAACCAAUGGAUUGCAUGGCUUGGGACAGGCAGAAAUUAUUAUUCUAUUGUUAUGUUUGCCAAAUGAAGAUACUAUUCCUAAGGACAUCUUCAGACUAUUUAUCUCCAUAUAUAAGGAUGCUCUAAAAGGAAAAUACAUAGAAAACUUGGACAAUAUUACCUUUACUGAGAGUUUUCUCGGUAGCAAGGACCAUGGAGGAUUCCUAUUUAUUACACCCACUUUUCAGAAACUUGAUGAUCUCCCCUUACCAAGUAAUCCUUUUCUUUGUGGAAUUCUUAUCCAGAAGCUAGAGAUUCCCUGGGCAAAGGUUUUCCCUAUGCGUUUAAUGCUGAGAUUGGGUGCAGAAUAUAAAGCAUACCCUGCUCCUCUAACAAGUAUCAGAGGCCGAAAACCUCUUUUUGGAGAGAUAGGACACACUAUAAUGAACUUACUUGUUGACCUUCGAAAUUACCAGUAUACCUUGCAUAAUAUAGAUCAGCUAUUGAUUCACAUGGAAAUGGGGAAGAGCUGCAUAAAAAUACCUCGGAAAAAAUACAAUGAUGUAAUGAAAGUGAUAAGUUCUUCUAAUGAGCAUGUCAUUAGCAUUGGAGCUAGUUUUAGUACAGAAGCAGAUUCUCAUCUAGUCUGUGUACAGAGUGAUGGAGUCUAUCAGACACAGGCCAACAGUGCCACUGGCCACCCCAGAAAAGUGACAGGUGCAAGUUUUGUAGUAUUCAAUGGAGCUCUAAAAUCAUCUUCAGGAUUUCUUGCUAAGUCCAGCAUAGUUGAAGAUGGCUUAAUGGUGCAAAUAACUCCAGAGACCAUGGAUGGCUUGCGGCUAGCUCUACGAGAACAAAAAGAUUUUAAGAUUACAUGUGGGAAAGUUGAUGCCAUAGACCUGAGAGAAUAUGUGGACAUUUGCUGGAUAGAUCCUGAAGAAAAAGGAAACAAAGGUAUUAUUAGUUCUGUGGAUGGAAUAUCAUUACAAGGAUUUCCAAGUGAAAAAAUAAAACUGGAAGCAGAUUUUGAAACUGAUGAGAAGAUUGUAAAGUGUACUGAGGUGUUCUACUUUCUAAAGGACCAGGAUGUGUCUAUUUCAGCAACUCGUUACCAAUUUGCAAAAGAAAUAGCCAUGGCGUGUAGUACUGCACUAUGCCCUCACCUGAAAACUUUGAAGAGCAAUGGGAUGAACAAAAUUGGCCUCCGAGUGUCCAUCGACACUGAUAUGGUUGAAUUUCAGGCAGGAUCCGAAGGCCGACUUCUUCCUCAGCAUUAUCUAAAUGAUCUUGAUAGUGCUCUAAUACCUGUGAUCCAUGGCGGAACCUCCAACUCUACUAGUUUACCAUUAGAAAUAGAAUUAGUAUUUUUCAUUAUAGAAAAUCUUUUUUAG